AUGGGCCUGCAGCGCCAGGCCUACCCGCCGCCGCCCGCGUUCUACAAACUAUACAAGGGCGCGCAGGAGGGCGGGGAGGGAGAGGGCCGGGCGCCACCGGCCCCACCGGCGCCCCUCGAGGGCGAGUACCACAUCUUCGGGGAGAUUCACGAGACAAGAGAUGGUAUUCCCGACAUCCCUGUGCAACGACUGUUUAAGGAAGAAGGGCAAAUAGAUUUCAAGAAGGAGCUCCUGAAGAUGAACCAGGAAGUUCUGUUCGCCUUCCUUGAGCUCAUAAGCAACCUCAUAGAGAGGCCCACAGCCUAUGCUAGGCAGCUGGAGGCCAUUGGAGUGCUGCUGCGAAACAUGCACCAACUAUUGAACAAGCUCAGGCCGCACCAGGCCCUGGCUACCAUGGAGUACCUGUUGAAGACGGAGUUGGAGGAGAUGAGGCAGCUGCUGGGUGACGUACGGGAACAGGUGGACAGCGCCAAUCGGAUGCUGCAUUCGGCAGGGGACUCCCUGGUGGCGGCAUGUGGAGAGGAGGCAUAUGGGCUCCAUGAUAUCCCAGCCACCCAGGAAUCCAUGGACACUGGGGAUGAAAACUCCUGA